AUGUUGAGAGGAAUACUUGGUGGUGUUUGCAAGUAUGAAGAAGAAAAGUUUGUUAGAGAAGAUAGAAUUUCUGGAGUGACGGUGGUGAUAGCUAAGGUUUCGACCGGAAAUCUCAAAGGGUUUAUCAAAAAUCCUAACUUUUCUUCAGAAUUCAUCUCUGUGCCAACGAGUCGCCUCGUCUCGAUUGAUACAAUGGCUUCCGGCGGCGGAGAAUCCUCGAUGGCGAAGAAGAGGAUGAAGAGAACUCAUAAGAGAAGGCGGGAGGAAGACUUGGAGCGCAUGGAUUCACUUAAGUGGACCAGCUCUAUACCUAUCGGAGAAGACGACGACGGCGAAACUUUCUCCACUCUCUUUGCAGGUUCAGCUGAGCUUGAUGGAGGUUUUCUUUCACUUGAAGAAAUUGAUGAAGCUGAUUACAAUCUGGCGGCUUUUCCUGCGACGGAAAGUGGGAAAACAGUGAAAGGGUUGAAGUCGAAGAAACAAGCUCAAACAAACAAUGAUGGUAACAAUGAGACUGUGGAUGAGAUAAUUGAAGACGACGAAGAAGAAGAAGAAGAGGAAGAGGAAAAAGAAGAAGAAGAAGAAGAAGAGGAAGAGGAAGAAGAAGAAGAGGAAGAUGAAGAAGAAGAUGGAGAGGAAGAUGGAGAAGAAGCAGGAGAAGAAAAGAAAGGCGAGGAUGAUUUGGAGAGUCGUAAGAUAGAAGAGAAGAAAGCUAAAAGGAAGAAGAGGAAGAAGGACAAGAAGAAGAAGGCUAAGGAGGCCGAAAAGGAUCAUGAUACUUCUGCUGUUAGCUGUGAUGAGGAUAACAAAGCAGAGGAGCUAGAUGGCGAAGAAGAGAUUCCUCCGGAAUUCAGCGCAUGGAGUUUGAUGAGACUUCAUCCACUACUCAUGAAGUCAAUAUACCACCUCGGAUUCAAGGAGCCGACAGAAAUCCAGAAGGCUUGUUUUCCCGUUGCAGCAUUUCAGGGAAAGGAUGUUAUUGGUGCUGCGGAGACAGGAUCUGGAAAGACGCUUGCUUUUGGGUUGCCCAUACUGCAACGCCUCUUAGAUGAGCGAGAAAAGGUUGGUAGAAUGCAUGCACUGAAGGGAGAGGAAGCACAGAAAUAUUCUGCAGAUGGCUAUUUACGAGCACUUAUCAUCACUCCUACUAGGGAACUUGCGCUACAGGUGACUGAUCAUCUUAAGAAUGCUGCCAAGAAUCUCGGCGUCAGGGUCGUUCCUAUUGUUGGUGGGAUGUCAUCGGCGAAGCAGGAAAGACUUCUGAAAGGAAAACCAGAAAUAGUUGUUGGAACUCCAGGGAGGUUAUGGGAACUGAUGUCGGCCGGAGAAAAGCAUCUUGUAGAGCUGCAUUCCUUGUCUUUCUUUGUGUUGGAUGAGGCUGAUCGCAUGGUUGAAAGUGGCCAUUUCCGGGAGCUGCAGUCUAUAAUCGACUUGCUUCCAGUGACAGAUAAACCAAAUGAAGGGAAAAUGCAAACUGUGCAGAGUUCUGACACAGCUUCCGACGCCCCAAAGAAGAAAAGGCAAACGUUUGUUUUCUCAGCUACGAUAGCACUGUCUUCAGAUUUCCGUAAAAAGCUAAAGCGUAGCUCCUCCAAGUCAAAGCAGUCAUCGUCUGCUGAAGUGAAUUCUAUUGAGGUUCUAUCUGAGAGAGCUGGAAUGAGAGAUAGUGUGGCCAUCAUUGAUCUUACAACUGCAUCUAUUUUGGCACCAAAGAUUGAAGAAUCUUUUAUUAGGUGUGAAGAGGAGGAAAAAGAUGCUUACUUGUAUUAUAUUCUGAGCGUCCAUGGACAAGGGCGGACAAUUGUUUUCUGUACAUCAGUGGCAGCUAUGCGGCAUAUCUGUGCGCUUUUAAAGAUUCUUGGAGUCGAUGCUUGCAAACUCUGCGCAGAUAUGAAGCAGCGAGCUCGGUUGAAGGCAGUGGACCGCUUCCGUGCAAGCGAAAACGGAAUACUAGUAGCAACGGAUAUUGCAGCAAGGGGAAUUGAUAUUAAGAAUGUCCGAACUAUCAUUCACUACCAGCUUCCACAUUCUGCAGAAGUGUAUGUACAUAGAAGUGGGAGGACCGCAAGAGCAUUUGCAGAUGGAUGCAGCAUAGCUUUGAUUGCGCCUUCUGAUUCAUCAAAGUUCUAUACGUUGUGCAGGUCCUUUUCUAAGGAAAGCGUAAAGAUAUUCCCUUUGGAUAACUCUUAUAUGCCAGCUGUGAGGAAGCGAUUAUCUCUAGCACGUCAAAUAGACCAGAUUCAACGGAAAGGCUCGCGGGAGAGAGUAGACAGGACGUGGCUUGAAAAACAUGCGGAAUUGAUGGAACUUGAGUUGGACGACGACGAAAGUGAAGAGGAGAAAGUGGACAAUGUUAGGCAGAGAAAAGCGACCUCAGCACAACUUAAAAAGCUGCAGGAGGAACUUAGCUCGCUCUUAUCACGUCCGAUGCAGCCCAAGAAAUUUUCAGACCGUUACUUUGCUGGGCGUGGUAUCUCGCCGCUUUUACAGAACCAGUUAGCAGAGUUAACAAAUCCAAAGCACCCACAAAUGCCAAGUGGUGGAGAUAAAAAGAGAAGAAAGCUUGUUGUGGUUGCCCAGAACUGCAUCGAACCUCUUCAAGCCCUUCGUGACGGAAGUAAAGAGAUGAUGAGCAUGAAAGGCCAGAGUGCAGAUAAGAGGCGUGAUAUGGCGACCUGGAGGAAGAAGAGAAAGGAAGAGAAGAUAGGUCGGCGUGAUCAGCGAAGGGAUCAGAAGAAGAAGAGAAAACUAAUGGCUUCUUCCUAGAUCCUAAGUGUCUUCUUUUACCAAAACUUUUGUUUAUCCGAAUCAGACCUUGACCUCUUUUAUAAGUUUUAAACCUUAAAUUGUAAAACUUAUGUACGUCACUCCUUUUUUUAUCUCUAAAGAACCCAAAUUUUUGACCAUUUAUCUCGUCAUUAAAGGAUCUCCGACACUAAACUACUCUUUGAAGUAUCAAUCAUAAGGUUAACAAAAUUUCUC